AUGCCCCUUGAAAACGUCAAGAAGAUUGUCCUUGUGCUUUCGGGCAAGGGCGGCGUUGGCAAAUCGAGCAUCACCACACAACUCGCCCUAACGCUAUCAUCGCAAGGCCAUUCAGUUGGUGUUCUUGACAUUGAUCUCACAGGCCCUUCUAUCCCACGCUUCUUUGGUGUCGAGACUCUGAAAGUUAAGCAGGCGCCAGGCGGGUGGAUACCCGUACCUAUUCAUGAAGCUUCGGAUUCAGAUGCGGACCCAAAGCGCGGUGCUUUAUCAUGCAUGUCCUUGGGAUUCAUUCUUUCCAAUCGCAAUGACGCCGUAAUCUGGCGUGGACCAAAGAAGACUGCUAUGAUACGUCAGUUCCUGGAGUCAGUUCUGUGGCCUCCAGGUCUCGAAUAUCUUCUCAUAGAUACACCACCAGGAACCUCUGACGAGCAUAUUUCGCUGCUUGAAACGCUACUCAAAUCCGCUACACCUAGUCAACUUCCAGGCGCUGUUGUUGUCACUACACCACAGGCAGUUAGCAUAUCUGAUGUCAAGAAAGAGCUUAAUUUCUGCCGCAAACUCAAUAUCAACGUUCUUGGUGUUGUAGAGAACAUGGCCGGUUUUGUGUGCCCCAAUUGCAUGGAGUGCACACAUGUCUUCAGCAAAGGAGGAGGUGAAGUCAUGGCCCAUGAGUUUGAAGUUCCCUUCCUGGCAAGCGUACCUAUAGACCCUGCUUUUGUCAUGCUCAUCGAAGAGGGUAUUGUGCCAGUCUAUCCAGAAGGGACGACAGUCGAAGGACAAGAUGUCGGCACCGCACACGACAACGAGGUACAGUAUCAUCUCCUCGUUGAAAAGUAUCAACGAUGCUCGCUGUUCCCAAUCUUCGAUCGAAUUGUCAAACAACUGGUUACCGUCAUCCAAAGCGGGACCACUUGA